AUGACUCCGUCUUCGCCGUCGAGACACUUUGGCUGCUCAGCCGUUGGAAAUAGGGCGGCCGAUGAGCAUGAUUCCAGAAAGACGUUGGAAGGCAGGAAGAAUAGUUGGAUCCCUGUUGCGUGGAAAUACUUGCACCUUCCCCCGCGAAUGGGACGCUAUAACACCCCUUCCGUGACUUCCGUCUGCUUCUUUUGUGCCUCUGUUUUGCAGUUCUCUGCCACCUCCUUUUCAUCACCAACUGGUCAUUUGCCGACAACCGACCGCGCCAACAAAGACCAGUUGGACAUCGUCAUUAGAGGCAAUUACCACUGCGCACACCGAAUCUCGACGAGUUCGAGCCUCGACGACUCGCACAAACAACCCCGAAUCACCAGAGUACCCUUGGCUAGACGGCUGCCUUGGGAUACUCCUCGUGUAUAUUGCGGCACUUGGGUGGCCUCCGGUGAUUUGACCGCGGCGACGCUUUCGACUCAAAAGGUCUCCCAAAUUCCAAUGGAAGCGAGAACCAACCAGGCCAUUGAGACCAUCACCACUCCCCAAUACGGCUGCCUGACCCUGAACAACGCCUUUGUUGUCAUCACACCCAAGAUGGGAUCACGGCCCCCUCUUCUCACUCAAUAUUGA